ACACACACUGAUUUCUUCCUGCGCAAGACUUAGAGACAUCAUCUAAUCUCCCAGAGCUACUACUCAACACUGACUCUCUCUCACACACACACACACACACACACACACACACACACACUUCCCCCCUCUCAUCACACGGAAGAAGAGCCACACACACACACACACACACACAUCCACACUCAAACACACACCCAUAUUCCGAGUCAGUGGAUCUAGAUUCUCUCUCUCUGCCUGUCUUCCUGAGUUUCUGUUGGAAGAUGGUCUGCUGGGAGUUGUGUCUGACCCUGCUCCUCUGGGCUCGUCCUGCGAGGACCAUCCCUUCCACCAACGUCAAGAUCACACACGCCUUCCCCCUCCAGUUGCCAGAACCAGGCUUUCCCGUCACCUGUCCGUUGUUCUGGACUGAGUUUGAAGGUCACUGCUACCGUUUUUUCCCUCUGAACCGUACCUGGGCCGAGGCUGACCUGUACUGUGCUGAAUUCUCCAACGGUCUCAAGUCUGCCAAACUCACCUCCGUACACAGCUGGGAGGAGAAUGUGUUUGUCUACGAUCUCGUCAACAGCCGUAUCCCAGGGAUACCAACAGACAUAUGGAUCGGCCUUCACGACAGGAGACAGGAGGGCACUCUGGAGUGGACCGACGGCAGUAACUAUGGAUACAGCUACUGGGAUGGCAACCAGCCUGACGACGGCAUACACCGCAUCCCCGAAGAGGAAGACUGUGUCGAGAUCUGGUACAGGCAGAACAGUGGUGAGACACACACACAGGCAGUCAAUAAGCAUAAACACAAACAGGCAGUCAAUAAGCAUAAACACAAACAGGCAGUCAAUAAGCAUAAACACAAACAGGCAGUCAAUAAGCAUAAACACACACAGGCAGUCAAUAAGCAUAAACACACACAGGCAGUCAAUAAGCAUAAACACACACAGGCAGUCAAUAAGCAUAAACACAUACAGGCAGUCAAUAAGCAUAAACACACACAGGCAGUCAAUAAGCAUAAACACAAACAGGCAGUCAAUAAGCAUAAACACACACAGGCAGUCAAUAAGCAUAAACACAAACAGGCAGUCAAUAAACACACACAGGCAGUCAAUAAGCAUAAACACACAGGCAGUCAAUAA